UUUAGCAUGGUCUUGAUAUCCCAAUUUAUUUUUGCUGCCUUAGGCUAGGGUUUACAACUUACAAGAUACAAAUUAUUGAUUUUUUUCCCCUUUAUCUUGGAGAGAUCACUCUCUAAGGACGCGUUUGGUAAAUUAUUAUAUCUAUUCUCUUACCCCACCGUUUGAUGUUGCGCUCCGACACACUCCCGCUGAGAACCAACGCUGAAUAGAAACAAAUUUCAUAUUCGAAGUUUCUGUAGUUCCAAUUUCCAACGUCCGAUUCUUCCAACGAAGAUGCUGUCACUGCAACACAAUUGAAAUCUAUGCAAAAAAGGUAAAAUUGCAAAAGUAAAAAAAAUAUGCGAAGGCUGCUUGGGAAGAUCUCGGGAUUGUUCGGCAAUCGAACUAAAGUGGGGGUUGACAAAACAGGGAACAAAUAUUUCACUAGAAAUGAAGAGGUUGAUGGUGUCAUGAAAGAGAAAAGAUGGGUCAUAUUUAAGGGAGAGGAGGAUCCGACCACUAUUCCAGUCGAAUGGAUAUGUUGGCUGAAUGGGCAGCGUAAAAAGGCUCCAACUCCAGAGGUAAAUUGCAAUACACCUAUGCAUAUCCUUUUUCUAGUACCAUAAAGUUAUCCAAACACAAAUCUAUGGA